UUUUUUCCGUCUUCAAAGUAAAGUAAAAUGUCAGCUACGUUAGCGACAUACCACGGUGGGGAUGGUGAUGGCAGGGAUCCCCCUGAUCCUUCUAGGGUACCGUCGUCUUGCGAAGCAGUUCCACCUCCGGUCAGAAAGGGUCGUGGGGUUGCCGCAAACGCUAAUCUCGAAAAAAAAAGGAGAGAAGCUGGUAAGCCCUUACCGGUGGAGGUAGAUCUUGAAACCGGCAAAGUAGUUGGCACUGAAGCCAGCAAUUAUGUUCGAUUUCUUGGCCAACAAGUGAGCAUGUUGUGCCCGGGUGGUCAUCUAAAUUUUUCCGAUGUACCCCAACAAUACAAGGAUCAAGUGCUUAAUCGAAUCAGAGUGAGUGAUUUUUAA